AUGAAGCGCAAGACUUCCGAACCUAACCCCAAAGAUCCACUGCAGAUCCGAAUUCCAUCACAUCGAGGGUUUCAUGGGAUUCGGAGCUCCGAUUCCCGAUUCCCCGUCACAACGACGCCGAGAACCGCAGAUAUUAGCUGCAAGAAAAGAGUCAAAUUUAUAAAUCUUGACAACGAAGAUCAGAGACCCCCAAGAUGUGAAUUUGCUGAUAAUGCCAAGACUUCCGAGUACGCCUUCUUCAAGAAAUUGAAGGAAGGUGCAAGCCACAAAGCUCAUUCUUAUUCUCUGCAUAAAGAGGCCUACCAAACAAACAAUUCCACGUCAAGGGACUGUUCCAGAGAGAGGGUCAACAUGGUCCAGAAUAAGAGAGUGGACGUGAGGUCUUCGUUUCUAAACGAAAAUGCUACACCGGAGCUAAAUGUGGAGAGAGCUUGUGCAACCUUAGAGGGUGUACACAGAAAACAGAACGAUAUGGUGGAGGAAUAUGAAAAUUCCUUGAGAAAUAAAGGAAAAAGAUUUACCCAUUUUGAAGAAACAGAAACUGAAAACAGGCAUGCAGACGUUUUUUAUAGGAAGAGACAGAAGCUACGUCAGUGGGUCACAGAGACUUCGUUUCCUGAAAUUGAUGAACUCUGCUUAAAGGGGUACGAUUUUGUUUCUAUGCUCCUCAGCCGGCUGGUCCCCAAGUGCAAUGAGAACAAUAAAUUGAAGGAUCCAAAGUUAACGCAAGCAGAGACCAAUAGCAAGGCUAUGUCACUUCCAUCUUAUGAGUCAGUUAUUGACUUCAAGGAACUUCCAUGGACACCUACUAGAAACUUUAUGGAACUUGAUUGUGGCCCUUGCUUGCAUGAUUUGAUGCCGUCUUGUUGGUCCAAGAGAUCAAGAGAGAGGAUUUUCUGUUCCGAUUCUCCAACUAGUUAUGUUUACAAGAAUCAUCUUCAGUACAAAGUAUGGGAACCUGAGUCUGAAUUACUAGGAGGAAGAGCAAUUUCAUGCACUGAGAGUGACUCACAAUCUGUCCUUCCAUUCAAAGAAUAUGGAUUAGUGUCAUCUGGACAUGUCAAAGAGAUGGAUGCAUUCUGCCAGCCAGAUGAAUAUUUGAUCAAAAGAGAGCUAGCCGUUCCUCUGCUGGGUUGGGAUUUUGGCAGCACGAAAGAACAUAGAAAUUCAUCUGACUUAUCAAGAUAUGGAGCUGAACACAGAUCUGCAUCCUUAGCCAGUUAUCAAAACCAUGAAGUUCCAAGACAUUGUCUUGAAGGCAACGACGAUAUACGAUCAGGUUUCCCCCAAAUUCCCUUAACCUUGUCGUGUAUAACGAACUUUAUUAAUCCGACUGAAGACUGCAUUGAGGACACAGCCUGUGAAGUUGGCAGCACCAUAUUUUCUGUCCAAAAUGACCAUUGGUUUAGGAGCAAGAUCAUCCAUGAAGAGCACUAUCUUCCUAAUACAGAAUCUCUCCUUCCAUUCAGUGGUUCCUGGAGAGAGUAUUAUUCAUCAACUUUUCAUGCUCUACAAUUACCAGAACAGGAAGACAUAUCUUCCCGCCUUCUUACUUACAACAACGAUAAGUACGAAAGAAUCCUAGACGACUCCAGUCAGGCAAGAAGCCUUGCUCAUUUCGUUGAAGAUAAUGUUAGCAUCAAUGAGAGCUCAGCCUUUUGCCCCCAGGUACCGUUGGACACAGAGAAGGCAUGGCCCUGGCUGCUUGAUAACUCAAGCUGGGAUAGAAGUGAAAGAGAGGUAAAUUUUGAUGAUAGUGAUGUCGAUAUAUUUUUACAGUGA